AUGGAAAUGGAUGUUGAAGAUUUAUUAUCUAAUCCAUUUAACACACAACCUCCUUCAUUGAAUGAAUUAAUUCAUGUGACUGGAUUUAAUAAAGAUUGGAUUAUGUUUAUGUAUCGAAAUUUCAAACAGAUAUGCUCAAAUGGGCGAAUGCCAUUACAGCAGUGGAGACGAAUAUUCCAGCUUAUAUUUCCCAAAUCAGCAAAUAGUGAAUUUGCUGAUCGUGUAUUUCGAGCUAUUGCCGGUGAUAAAACCUCAAAACAUAUUACUUUCGAGGAAUUAAUAUUAUGCUUACACCGAAUAAGUGAAUGCUAUUGUAUUUACGCAUCAACAAGUUCACAAAAUUCAUCUGCUCAUUUCUCAAGGAUUGCACAAUUUGUUUUCUUGUUGAUGAAACCAAAUGAUCAUGUUAGCUUAUCCAUUAUAUACACAUCAGCUGAUUAA